ACUAGACUUACCAGCCUCGAGUCAAGUCAAGUCAACUUUGUAUAUUACCCACCCACGCUCACCUACCGAGCUGCUGCAAGGAUACCAGACCAGAGACCACCAUUCACUCAGCUCGUUUCUCUCAUCAUCGAUCUAUAAACGUCUGCUCUCUCAAGGGUUUGUGCUAAAUAUUUGUUGGCGCAUGAAUGAUUUCCUGGAGUCAACUUUCUUGAACAAUUACCAUAUGCUGCUAUAGAAAGCAGGCAGAUACAUGGAUAUUGAGGUCCUGCAGCGUAUACUUGAUGGAAGAGAGAAGCCAACAAAUCUAUCGUUCACACUUUUGAAGAGUAUCACAGAAAAUUUCUCAGAUGAUCGAGAAAUUGGCCAUGGUGGAUUCGCAACGGUUUAUAAGGGAGUGCUCCCAAAUGGGAAUGUUGCUGUAAAGAGGAUAAGGAACGGCUAUACAAUCAACGAGACCUUUUUUUAUCGAGAAGUUGACAGCCUAUUGAACAUUGAACAUAAAAAUGCCGUACGGUUUCUUGGCUUUUGUGCUAGCACAGACCAGAUAGCCAUACCAACUGGAGGAUCGAAAGAACAUAUUUAUGCCGAGGUACGAGAAAGAUUACUCUGUUUUGAGUAUAUCAGCAAUGGAAGCCUGCAAAAAUGUAUUACUGAUGAAUUAAGGGGACUGGAAUGGAAUACACGUUAUAAAAUAAUUAGAGGCAUCUGCGAAGGUUUGCAUCAUCUGCACAAGGAAAAGCAGAUAUAUCAUAUGGAUCUGAAACCCGACAAUAUACUACUAGACAAUGAUAUGCUGCCGAAAAUCACAGAUUUUGGUUUAUCCAGACUUGAUGAGAAGUCAAAAACUAUGAGUGAAGAACGUCAUGGAUCACUAGGAUAUUGUGCUCCAGAAUACCUACAUCAGGGAAAGAUGUCAUUCAAAUCAGACAUGUACAGUCUGGGUGUCAUAAUUAUUGAACUAGUGACAGGACAAAAGGCGAUCCCCAGCAAUAAUAACAAUGUACUUAGGAGAUGGAGGCACAGAUGGAAGAAAACUGGGAAUGAAACACCAUUGGUUUACCAACAAGUAGCAAAAUGCCUCGAAAUUGGGUUACGCUGCCAGGAAAUUGACCCAUUCAAACGGCCAUAUAUAUGGGAUAUGAUACAUGUUAUAAGAGAAAUUGAAGGUGCUAAUGAAAAAAACAGGAAUGCCUAUGAACAUACAUUUGGACAGAUAAGCCCCUACUCAGAAGAUGAUAUGCUUGGAAUUGAGCCACUCCAACUACAUUUUCCUUUUGAGCUUAACAAACAGAUGUCAUGCAAACUUCAGCUAACCAAUGAGACGGGUUCUUACAUUGCCUUCAACAUAAAAAAUACAAGCCCCCUGGCAUACUGCAUACAGCCGCAGAAAGGCAUUAUGCCGCCACGAUCCAUUUGUAGUGUUGAGAUAACAAUGCAGCUGCAGGGCAAGACACCGGGAUAUAUGCAUCGUGACAGUGAACUUAUUGUAUGGAGCACCAAAGUGAAUGAUUGCCUUGCAGUUGAGGAUAUAGCUACAAACAUGUUCACUAAUGAGGCAGUCAAUGUGGUUGAUGUCGUGAAUUUGGAUGUGGUUUUUGACGUCAGUGAGCCACAAGAAGCAAGUGAGGAAACCCGUGUGACAAUCCAGCCUUUUAAACAGAUCAUAGACGAUGCGGCCGGGGUGAUAUAUUGCAUGGAUGCACAUCAGACAGAGCCAUUGAUUAUAACAGGUCACAAAAAUGGUUAUGUUCAGAUAUGGAACUAUGACAGACAGAAAGUGGUCGGUUCGAUUAAGGUCUCAGCAGAAUAUGUUACUAAUGUUAAGUUCAUUGCACCAAAGAGAUGGUUUGUGGCUGUGUCACCUAGCUGCGUCGUCCAUGUGUACAACUACGAAUGGGAAAUGCAAAAAGUCAGGAGUUUCAGAGUUGACGAUGGUCCUCAAAUCUAUUGUGCAUUAGCCGUUCAUCCAACCCAGCCAUAUGUGCUGUCAGGAUGUCAUACGGAAAUAAAACUUUGGGACUGGGACCAGGGCUGGAAUUGCAUACAGACAUUUGAAGAACACUUGGAUACUGUUCGUGCCCUAAAAUUUAACCCAGAGGACACCAAUAGUUUUGCAAGUGCUUCGUUUGAUUAUACAGUAAAGGUUUGGAGUCUUGAUUCUCCCAAAUCCAAGUAUACUCUGUCUGGGCAUUCGCAUGUGGUGAACUUCCUGGAUUUCUUCACGUGUGAUAGUCAGCAGUAUUUGAUUAGUGGCUCUUGGGAUGGGACUGCCAAGAUAUGGGACAUGGAGAAGGAGGAGUGCAUUCGUACACUCGAACAUGAGUCUGAAGCUUUUCAGGUCGUUUCCCAUCCCAAUCUUCCAGUUCUAAUUACAGGUACAAAGGAUGGUGAUGUUCACGUGUGGAGCUCCAGUGAUUUCAGGCUCAAGAGAAUACAUAACUUCUGUCACAGUGGAUGGGUCGUGGGUCUCGCAUGUUUGGUGGGAUCAGGAAGGCUUGUAGUUGCACACAAAACAGGAGUGUCGUUGAUGGAAAUUCGUGAUGAAGAAGAACAAGGUGGUAGCACAGACAGCAACGUGAAUUCCUUAUCAGCGACAAAUUUUGAAAUCCAAAGCUAGUACUACUUUGGUAUAACUCACUUUUCUUGAACUUGCUACAUAUGGCACGUCUACCUAGUUGACCAUCGUGUCCAGCAUCAUGAAUUCCUACAUCUGGAAUUUGAUCGAUUGACUUUUGGAGAUGAAAAGUAUCACUCGGAGCUCAACAACCAGCCAACUCUCUCACAGAGGUGAGCAUUAUCUGGAUUGUGUGUAGAAGAUGAUGAUUUCGUGAAGAUUAGUUAUUGUUGCUCGAGAGUGAAGGGGCAUAUAUAUUUGCUUGAAAUGGUCUGGGUGAUGACUGUCGAAUGAAGAGAUACGCUAUAAAGUAACAAUCUCAUGGUCGGGGAUCCGAUCCACCUAUGUAUUAUAUACUAGCCAUUCCUGUGCACGGCGGCACGCCGCGCCUUGUUUAUAGGCGGUGGUGUAGUUUUUAUAUAGUACAUAAAUUUGUUUUGUUUUGUUUAUUCAUUUUCUUUUGGUAUGUAAGGAAGUGCAAUGAAUCAAAGGAUUAACUAUACCAUAGAACUAACAAAUAUGGCUAUGAAGAAUUUGCAACAUGAUUCUGGUGUUGCUUACA